GGAAGACAUUGGCCAGGGCAAUAACGAUCAAGACAUAAUUUGAAGAUGGCAGGAAACUGGCUGGGGCUGCUGUCCAUGGCCGGGUUUUACAUUGUUGUACUGGGCACUGGCAUCUGGGCAUCCAGGAAGUCCAAACGUGAGGAGAAGAAAUGUACUGGGAACCGAAGUGAGAUUGCAAUGGUUGGAGGACGCAACCUCCAAAUCUGGGUCAGCAUUUUUACUAUGACAGCCACUUGGGUUGGAGGAGGUUAUAUUCUGGGUAAUGCUGAAGUGGUCUACAACCCAACAAAGGGACUGGUCUGGGCAACUGGGCCAAUUGCUUUUACUUUGAACAUGAUUAUAGGUGGGCUGUUCUUGGUCAAACCUAUUCGGUCAAAGAGUUACGUCACCCUCAUGGACCCAUUUCAAGAGAAAUAUGGCAACACUGUCGCUGCCAUCCUCUUCCUUCCUGGUCUCCUUGCAGACAUUUUUUGGAUAGCGUGUAUUCUUGGUGCACUGGGAGGGACAAUAAGUGUGGUGAUGGAUAUCUCCUCUUCACUGGCUAUGAGCAUCUCUGCUGCUGUUGCGAUCAUCUACACAUUAAUGGGAGGACUGUACUCUGUGGCCUAUACUGAUGUCAUCCAGCUGAGCUUUAUGUUCUUUGGCUUGUGGCUCUGUGUGCCUUUUAUCCUGACAAGUCCGCCUGCUGCCAAUUUCACCCUUGCCGCAGUUACUCACCUGUACCAGGAGCCGUGGAUCGGCAAGUUAGAGCUGGAAAAUGCAGGCCGUUGGACUGAUGACAUACUGCUAGUGUCCAUUGGAGGAAUCUGCUACCAGGCUUUCUACCAGAGAGUCCUCUCCACUGCCACUGAUACCCAAGCUAAGAUGACCUGCUAUGUUGCAGCAGUGCUUUGCCCAAUUCUUGGCAUUCCAUCACUCAUCAUAGGGGCGGUUGCAGCAUCUACGAACUGGAACCAGACCACGUAUGGUACUCCCAGCCCAUAUGAAGGAGGGAAAGCUGGUAUGAUCUUGCCAAUUGCCCUUCAUAAUCUCUGCCCCAGCUACAUCUCUGUGAUUGGUGUGGGAGCACUCGCUGCAUCGGUCAUGUCAUCGAUUGAUUCUGCACUUCUGUCUGCUGCCUCCCAAGUUGGUCGAAACUUCUUCAAGAACAUCAUCUACAAACAGGCAUCAGAAAAACAGAUUCUGAUAGUGGUUAAGGUGUCAAUCUUCCUGUGUGGAAGUAUCGGAGCAGCCCUCGCCAUGACAUCAAGCUCGAUUCACCUGUUCUGGAUCAUCAGUGCAGAUGUCCUAUAUUCCAUGAUGGCUCCACAGGUGAUUUGCACGUUUUUCUUCAAAGAGUGGGUGAACGAGUUUGGGGCUUGUUCUGGCUUUGUUGUGGCAAUACUGCUCAGAGUUCUGGUCGGGGAGACCUUGCUCGGCCUUCCCGACGUGUUGCCUCUGCCAUGGGACAAGAUCCAGGAGGACGGUCACCGGUACCGAUUGUUCCCUUUUCGCACGGCGAUCAUGCUCUUGAAUAUUGGGAUUAAUUUCCUGGUGUCACGCGUGACUGUGUGGCUGUCUCAGAAGAGGCUGCUGAAAAGAACAUGUGAUACUGAAGUGGACACAACCCUACAAAUCAUGGCACCAGAUUUGGUAAAAGAUGAUUGGCCCUGUAAAGAACAGCGCCUUAUUUCCCAGGAAAGCAACGAAGAACAGGAGAAAUAUUAGGAUUUUUCUCAGCACAAAUGCUUUUAUCGUAUGUAAAAUGGGUUUAUUUGUGACAUAGACUCUAUUUAUUUCUGGGGAAUAACUUUUUAAAAAAUUAAGGUGUGCUGAAAUUAACUUGCCCUGUACUUGCAUUUUAGGAGUGUCACGUGAUUCAUAGUUGAGAGGUACAUGGUAAUAAAAUGUAUAUUAUUAUGCUAAUGAGCUGCUGCCAUUACGUACUAUUUUUUAUUAAUGUCAUUAAGCAUACAUAAAUGACAAUUAUGGUGUCUGUACCUACGUUAUACUCUAGUAGUACUGUGUGUAAAACUAUGAAAGGAAAUGUGUAAAUUAGCAACCGCCAUUGUAAUAAAAAUCUAUUUUCUACAAUGACUGUGUGACUGCGCAAGCAAACGUGGAAGAAGUUCAUUUGUUCUGUCAGAAAAUAAACAGAGGCCGUCUCCAAAAGA